CCGCUUUUUGAAAUGUGUGCCUCGAAACAAACCGAUCCCGUUUCUCUUCGGUAGGAGACGCCUGGAUCUACUUUACAUUCGCCCCUGCUAUUUCCCACCGCCGCCAAGUGAGUGAGACGCGCAGCUGAUGGCAAGACCUCACUUACCUCGGAUCACGGUGACGUCCGGUGGACAUUUCGUUUAACGUGUGCGUCCAUGUCAUACCCGAGGCUAAGCCAUGCUGUCGGGGUCCAGCUGCGACUGCCUCCACCUAGAGUGUGUAGGGGAAAUAACCAAGGAGGAACUCAUUCAGAAAUCCCACGGCCACUGCCAAGACUGCAAAGUUGGAGGACCAAAUCUAUGGGCGUGUCUUGAGAACCGCUGUUCAUACGUAGGCUGUGGAGAGUGUCACAGUGACCACAGCACCCUCCACUCACAGGAGACGCAGCACAACCUGACAGUGAACCUGACCACGCUACGGGUAUGGUGCUAUGCCUGCGGUGAGGAGGUGUUCUUAGAUCGGAAGCUAGGCCCUCGGUCACCCCUCACCACCACCACGCCUCUCCCCUCCUCUCAGAGCACCUAUCAGGAAAAUGGCAGGGCUCCUGGGAGCCCGACGUCCCUGAGAGUGCCCCCUAAUGGUGGCUGUGAGGACAUGGACAUGGAGAUAGAGGAAGAGGACGAGCUCCGUGCCAGAGGCCUGACCGGACUGAAGAACAUUGGCAACACGUGCUACAUGAACGCUGCUCUUCAGGCCCUGUCCAACUGCCCACCCUUGACACAGUUCUUCCUUGAAUGUGGAGGCCUGGUAAGGACGGACAAGAAGCCCGCGCUCUGCAAAAGCUACCAGAAACUAGUGUCGGACCUCUGGCACAAGAACAGGCCCUCCUAUGUUGUCCCGACCAGCCUGUUCCAGGGGAUCAAGGCCGUCAACCCCAUGUUCAGAGGAUAUUCCCAGCAGGACUCUCAGGAGUUCUUGCGCUGUCUGAUGGACCAGCUCCACGAGGAGCUCAAGGAGCCGCAGCCUGAUCCGAACGACCAAUGCAAUGGCAUCGCUAUGGAUGAGGGCCCUGACGAUGACAACCGCAGCCAGUCUGACAAUGACUUCCAGUCAUGUGAGUCAUGUGGCAGCAGUGAGCGGGCCGACAGUGAGGUCCCCGGAGGCACUGGGGAGGGGCGGCCAUCAGAUGACACCAACGAGGCCGAGAUGCUAAUUCCCGAUCGGGACGAAAUCCAGGCCAACCGGGAGUGGCAGAAGGAGAAGAACAUGAUCAAUGACCUGUACCGCUGUGGGGGCAAUACAGGUGGUGGGGGUGGAGGCACCGGAGACCUAGACAAAGAUGUUGACACUGCCAGUGUGCCCAUUAUCAGCAGCCAGGGAGCCAUCAAGGUCCAGGGUAGAAGUACAGAUCCCUUCCCAGACAUCCAGUUGUCCAAUAAUGCCAGAGCACAGAGUCCCAUUUCCAUGGAGGGGCAUGGUCCCAAAAUGUCCAGCAGCCCUCCAAAAUCUGCAUCUGGCUGGCCCAACCUCAACUCUGUGCACAAGAAAGUGGUGACCACAUUCACCCCACCAAAGAACAAGCGUCAAAAGAAAUACCGCAGUGUCAUCUCCGAUGUGUUCGACGGGACCAUCGUCAGCUCAGUUCAGUGCCUCACCUGCGAUCGGGUGUCAGUGAUCCUGGAGAACUUCCAGGACAUAUCACUCCCCAUCCCAGGGAAGGAGGACCUGGCCAAGCUCCACUCCUCCACCCACCAGACCUCCUUGGUUAAAGCUGGCUCCUGCGGGGAGGCCUACGCGCCCCAGGGCUGGAUUGCCUUCGUCAUGGAAUACAUCAAAAGCUGGUUCUGGGGUCCAGUGGUGACACUACAAGAUUGUCUGGCAGCCUUCUUUGCCAGGGAUGAGCUAAAAGGGGACAACAUGUAUAGCUGUGAAAAAUGCAAGAAAUUACGAAACGGAGUCAAAUUCUGCAAAGUACAGUGUUUACCAGAGAUCCUGUGCAUCCACUUAAAGCGUUUCAGACACGAACUGAUGUUCUCCACCAAGAUAGGUACCCAUGUCUCCUUCCCGCUCGAGGGCCUAGACCUGCAGCCUUUCCUGGCCAAAGAAAGAUCCACCCAGACCACCAGCUAUGACCUGCUGUCUGUCAUCUGUCACCAUGGCACCGCCAGCAGUGGACACUACAUAGCUUACUGCAGGAAUGAUAUCAACAAUUUGUGGUAUGAAUUUGAUGACCAAAGUGUGACCGAGGUCUCCGAGUCCUGUGUCCAGAAUGCUGAGGCUUAUGUACUCUUCUACAAGAAGAGCAAUGAGGACACGCUGAAGGAGCGCCGGCGGGUGACAGGGCUGCUCAAUAUGAUGGAGCCCAGCCUGCUGCAGUUUUACAUCUCCCGCCAGUGGCUCAACAAGUUCAAGACCUUCGCUGAGCCAGGACCCAUCGUCAACAACGACUUCCUCUGCUGCCAUGGAGGUGUGCCGCCCAACAAGGCGCCAUUCAUCGAUGACCUGGUUGUGAUGUUGCCACAGAAUGUCUGGGAUCACCUUUACAGCAGGUAUGGAGGCGGACCCGCUGUCAACCACCUGUACGUUUGCCACACGUGCCAGACAGAGAUCGAGAAACUAGAAAAACGACGCAAGACUGAGCUGGACAUGUUUGUCCGGCUGAACAAGGCAUUCCAGGAGGAGGAGUCUCCAGUGGUCAUAUACUGCAUCAGCAUGCAGUGGUUUCGUGAGUGGGAGGGCUUUGUCAAAGGCAAGGAUAAUGAUCCACCGGGGCCGGUUGAUAACUCAAAGAUUGCAAUCAACAAGAACGGCCAUUUAACACUUAAACAAGGGGCAGACUCUGGGCAAAUCUCUGAGGAGACGUGGAACUUCCUCCACUCCAUCUACAGCGGCGGUCCAGUGGUGACUGUUCGUCCCAGCGUUGGCCACCAGGAAACAGAAACAUCACAGUCGGAGGAGAAGAUAGAGGUGGAGACGCGCUCAGUUUAGCAAAACGCUCAAGGGAAAACAACAGCAACAAAAAAAACAUUUAAAAAAUGAAAAGCCUUUUUUUAUUUUGCACUUGACUUUUAUUUCAAAGCGUUCAAGCAAAGGACCUCAUCUUUACCACUACACGGCAGCCUUUACACAUCUGACAGAGGGAAUAAACAUGUCUGAGGAGGUUUGUCAUGUUGUACAUAUCUGUAUAAAAAUCUCUUAAAUUUCUAAUAGCACUGUAGUAUUCAUGUGUAGGGAACGUUUCCAGAACCAAGCAUUAAAAAAAAAAAAUUAACGUGCAGCUAAAGAUCCUAUUGAAUGACACCUUUUUCUCUCCAUCAAAAGAGAAUAUGUCCAUGUGUCUUGUGUAUUGUGGAUAGUGAUGAAUCACAAUGCAUCUUGCUGUUUGAUGUUGACAUGAUUUUCCUGUUGCACAAGAAUAUUGUCCAAAUUGAGCAGUGAAAGAAUUCCAUUCUGACUUUUUACUUAACCAUGAAAAGAAGAGUAUCAAGGGACUAAUUACUAACUAGAUAGUCUCAGGAAUGAAUUUUUGUGUUUUGCACUGUUCUGUAGACUGGCUAAGUGGCAUGCUCACACAAAUGUCUGGUUUGUAUUUGAAUGUACCAGUACUGAUAGUAGGUUGGUGAUGACUCUCGGCACUUGGUUAUUUAUCUCUGAAGGUUGUGAUACACUAAAACGUUAAUGGAUCUCUUUUUGUAGAAAACGCGGGCAGGCAGAAUCUCUGCAGAGGCGCAUGCUUGAUCACACAUUUCACACGAGCGAACUGAAACCCCAGUUGAGCGUCGCAUUUCAAGUGCAUGCAAGUGGUCACAAAAGCUGCCCCCAAUCUCUCAACUGUACAUGUGCAAAAAUACACCCGAACUAUCUGUAACCAUCAACCAACUAACCUGAAGGCAUUGCACUCUAUGUUGGCACGGUGUUACUUAAAAUGUGUUGACUGGCGGAUGGUAAACAAAGAAUGUCACUGCCAUAUUUCCAUAUGGGUGUUUUCCUGACUCCAAAUCUUGUCCUGCUUUUGGGCCGGCCGGCACUAUUAAAACUUGAUGAAACA